CAAUCAUUGACAUGUCAUCAAAUGUCAUUAAUGUGGCAAAUUUUUCGUUUUUGUGAGAAAAGUUUUAAGGAAAAUUAAUUUCUAAAGUCUUUUCUGCUGGAAAAUGGAAUACGAUAAUGAGAAAGUAUUAAAAUUAAUUUACCCCGAAGGUGUUCCAGCGAACCUGGAAAAUGAUGAGCUGUUGCAGUAUUUGUCCAAGUUGGGAUCUUACAAAUCUGACCAGCUGCGAAAGGAAGUAAAUCGUUUGGUGGAAGAAAAUAAAACUGUUGUCGAACAGACACAGGAUCUGGCUAUUAGCAAUUAUAAAACAUUCAUUUUAACAUCUGAAUGCUCUCGAGAGAUAUUCCGGGAGUUCAGAGAGACUGAGCACAAACUGGAUGGCCUUAUUGAGAAAUUACCCAAAUUCUUCAAUGUUUGCGAGGAGUUUGUUAAAAAGUCCGAUGACAUCAAUACAUCCAGACAGCUGAAUAUAGUAACAAUGAAACGACAUUCGGAUUUGAUUGAUAUCCUUAAGCUUCCACAACUAAUGGACACGUGCAUUAGGGUGGGAAAAUAUGAGGAUGCACUUGAAUUGGCUUCAUAUGUUCAGAGAAUGGGUGUAAAACAUAGUAAUAUACCACUCAUUAAGUCCAUUGCCACAGCAAUUGAAGAUUCAUGGCAUACGAUGCUUAGUCAGUUGCUGGCACAACUGCGUACAGAUAUGCAGCUUCCGAAAUGUCUUCAAGUUAUUGGAUAUCUCAGGCGUAUGCAGGCUUUUUCAACAUCGGAACUAAAACUUAAAUUUCUUCAAGCUCGAGAUAGUUGGUUUACAGGAAUAUUGGCCAGCAUCCCACAAAAUGAUCCCCAACAGCAUCUCACAAAGACAAUUGAGCUAACACGAAUCCAUUUGUUUAAUAUCAUCACGCAAUACCGUGCAAUUUUCACUGAAGAUGAUGAUCUAUUUACUGGAAAUGACAGCAGGGACAGCAGUAAAAUUUUUCACGGCUGGCUUCAUGAAAAAAUCGAAGCAUUUCUAUUGACACUGGAAGAUGAUUUAUUACGCGGAGUGAACUCUGUGGAUACAGUACUAGGACAGUGCAUGUACUUUGGGUUGUCUUUCAGCAGAGUUGGUGCUGAUUUUCGAGGCCUAUUGGCACCAAUAUUUGUUCGUACCAUUGGUCAACAUUUCCAGAAUUCCGUGGGAAUUGUAACACGGCAAUAUGAGCAAGAUAUCGAGAGCUAUACAUUGAUAAAUAAGAUAUCAACUGGACUUAAUCGCGGGAAGAGUACAUCACUGGAUACUCUCUCGCCACCGGAUUCACUUCUGGAUUUCCAUCCACUUGCCACGUACUGCAAUGGACUACUUGGAGCAUUCAAUGAGCUGAGACUAUGUGCUCCCCUUGGUGUGGCUGAUACUGUGGCAAAGACUAUCCAAUCAUCCAUGGAACGCGUCUCUAAAGCCAUUUUUAUUUUCUACCGCCAAGAGCAACAGGCUUUCUCAGAAGCUGAACGAGACAAUUUUAUCAGGUUGUGCUCCUGCCUCGCAUAUGACCUCAUUCCCUACAUCCAGAAGUGCAUCCACUGUCUCUUUCCACCCCACACCGUAGCACAGCACUUGGGUAUAAAUGUACAAAUGCUGCAGAAGGCUUCACUGACCUAUCUUGUCCCAAGCGACAUCCUCAAGCCAUUGCACCAUUUACUCCCAAACCGUGUGGAUGCAAUCAUCAUGCAAUCUGGAAUGGAGAGUGUUGCUGUGAAUUAGUCAAUGGAAUCAAUAUUGUAAAGUGAUUAAUUUUUACGGUUCAAUAAUUUUAGGAAAUGUGGGAGUUUCUUCAGCAUCGUGAUAGGGGAGAAGCGGGUGGGCAGUAAGUAAUAAUGCCUGAGAUUGGACUAAAAAUGAAAGUAAUAUAUUAGCGCCAGAA